AUGGAAUUCAAUAAUGUUACAACCCCCGCGGAACUCGACGAGAUACUUUCAGCAGGGUCGAAUAAUGUGCGGGAAAUCUACGCACGAUUCCGCCAUGUCUUCCCGACGAAGUCAAUGAAGGAGAUAGGGCUCACUGACAUCUUCCUGAUGACAGCUCAGGGGACAGCACGGGACGCGAAUAAAGCUGUUAACUUUGAAUGGAUGUCUGAAGAAAAUAAAUAUGGUUGCGAUUUCUCGGUUGAGUUCAACAAUGGGGUCUUGGCGAACCAUAAGGUGUACUUCCAAGCUAAAGUUGUGCAAAAAGACGGCCCAGGAGACUAUUGUGACUUUCUUUAUGAAAGCAAGAGGAAGGAUGGUAAGGAAACCAUCUUGGAAUAUCAGAACCUCCUACUCGCCAAUUUUGCUCAGAAAAAUAACACAGAGGCAUACUAUGUCAUUUACGACGACACAGCAGUCUACUGGGUAAAUGCUAUCGCCUUGAAAAAUUGGCUUGAUAGAAGUGGCGUGCACGGGACAGAUAUGGGCAUUUGUAUUCGAGCAUUCACUGUGUUGGCAAAAACAUCAUACCUUGCUGCAAAGAACAAUCAGUAA